CAAAAGAAAUAACAGAGUUAUUUCAGAAACUGCAUAAUGAGCUAAACCAUCCCAGUGUUAAAAUGAUUCAAGUGGAACUUAGAUUAAGAAAUCUAAACAUUUCCUACUUGGAGGAAUCAUUAUAGGGAGGUAAGAAAAGAAUGCCAGAUAUGCAGGAAGUUUAUGGUCGCUAAAGGUUGUGAGGAAAGUGAAUUACCAAAGGAGUAUCCUUCACAGCAGAUUAGUACUGCCUUUGCAGGGCCAUUACGCCACAAAACUAAAAAAAGAAACUGCUAUUUUCUGAUUGCCUUCGAUAACCACAAUAAGAAAACCAUGAUAUAGUCUUUGAGGUCAGCAAUCGAAGAAAGGGUAGUAGAGUGUUUAAAAGAAUGAAUAAAGUGGCAGGGACUGAUUGAAAGUCUAAGAGCAGAUGGUGCACAUAACAUAAGUGGGAAACUAGUAGAAAAAUUCUGUAAAGAAAAUAGAAUAAUACUAGUUAAAUCCAUAGCCUAUACUGUCCAGAGACAAAUGGAAUUGCAGAGCGCGCAAUUAGAACUGUUAAGGAAUGGUUUGCUAAAAAUAGAGACCUAGGUGACUGGUACCAGAAUACUGAUCGGUGUUUAUUGCACCUCAACAGGUACAAUACGGUGAACCUGAAAGAAAGAGAGGUUAAGAAAAACACAAGAGUGAGAAAUCCAGAGGAAGAGACAUUUGAAAACCUCUUUGUGUUCUUGGUCUCAUGAUCGUGUGAAUCCUCACACAGCAUCUUUUGUUGGUUUAGCUGAUGUCACGAUGGUACAAGGAGGGAAGCAGCUCAGCAGCGUUGAUUUCCUCAGAGACAGAAAUAAUAAACACCCUUCUGCUACACAAGCUGCAGUAUGAUGUUGGUGCCAGUGGUUUUAUUCCUCGGUCUGCUCUCUCUGACACCAGCAGCUACUGAAGUGGGUCUCGGUGGUAAAGUGCUUCUGUUCCCGUAUGAGACUGAUUUCAGUUAUGUUAAACUCACACCUAAGCAGCCACUGGGCCUUACAGCGUUCACGCUCUGCAUGCGCGUCGCGACGGAGCUCCAGGGCGAGCGUCAGAUCAUUCUGUUCGCCUACAGGACGCCCGACUUCGACGAGCUCAACGUGUGGAGAGAGAAAGACGGUCGUGUGUCCUUCUACCUCAGCGGCGACGGGGCGUUUUUCCACCUGCCGCAUCUCUCCACCUUCCGGACUCACCUGUGCCUCACCUGGGCCUCGCGCACCGGACUCACGGCCUUCUGGGUGGACGGACGCCGCAGCGCAUUUCAGCUGCAUAAACCGGGUCACAGCAUCCACCCGCAGGGCACCGCUGUUCUCGGACAGGACCCCGACAAACACCUGGGCGACUUCGAGACGGUGCAGAGCUUCGCCGGCGAGCUCACGGACCUGAACAUGUGGGACUACGCCCUAACCGGAAACCAGAUCAAAGCGCUGUAUCUGAACCACGCGCAGCGCGUGCCGAGAGGAAACCUGUUCGACUGGAGCACCAUCGAAUAUGAGAUCAAAGGAAACGUGCUGGUCGUGCAAGAUGAUUGAGAUAUUCAGGCACAUACAACCGCGCAUGCUCAUUUGCUAUUGUUCUGUUUAAUUGGAAAUGCACAAACAUCAUCUAAAUAAAUAGUGCAUAUUUUUUUCAUAUAUAUUUCAUUAUAAACUUAGGAUAUUAAAGGGUAAAUCGAUGACUGAAAAUAUUUAUAUAUAUAUAAAUAAUA